GUUGCAGCUGAAAAUAGCAAUGACAAAUUAGUUAAACAUUGUAGUAACCAAAAAUAUAAACUGAUGCCAUAAACAUUCCCCAGCAAAUAAUUGGCUAUAUUUAAAUUUGUUCUGCACUGCUGCCCUAUAUAGUAUUUUAUAUUUUAUCACUUCCCGAAACUCAUCAAAGCAUGAAUUUUAGGAAUAGUAAUAAAAAUACUCAUGAAAAGUUCAUUACCGCUGGAAUGAGUAACUAAUCAUUAAUCAACCACACUACUAUUUCAUAAAAGAUUAAACAAAUAGGAAAACGACGUCAUUAUAGUCUGUGUAAUGCCGUAAAACACGAGCGGUAGUGGCUGUUAUGACGCACCGACCUGUCUGGGCCUAUUGUUAACACGCCCCCAAUGCGUGUGUUUACCCCCAAAACAAAACGGGUUGGAAUGCACGGAUCGUUAAACAUGAUCCAGCGCGACCACAACACACAAAUCACGACCAAGUCGACGAGUGUAUUUACACUUUCACUAUCAGUGUUGCACACCAACAAAAUGUCAAUAAAACCCACCUUUCGUUUUUACACGUUAACAAAACUUAGCUUAAUAUUGUAGUUAUACAAACACAUCAAAAAGCCUAAUAUAAGGUUGACCAUCUUAUAAACAGGCUUAAAUGUGGUUAUAUCAUACAAUUUAUGAAAUUUUAUUAAAAAAUACAUCAUGAAACACUGGUAAUUUAGAAUAUAAAUUUGGUCUUAAUCCCUUAGGAAAUAGAGCUACUCCAGGUCAACAGGUUAAACCCAUAAGCGCUUAUGAAUCAUCCGCCUCUAUAGAACGAUAAUUUUAAACGUGCCGGCGAGUAAAAUUUUUAAACCCCUAAAUUCCUUAUUAAAAAUCUAUUUUCGGAAUAAUACUAGUUCCCUAAUUAUAAAUCAGGAAACAUUUUUGUUAGCCUGAAACUAUAUAUAAGAGGCUCCAAAUACCGGAACAUUCACUAAUUCUACAAUUUAUUAAAGAAACAUCAGUAAAAUUGUUAGAACUAAAGAAUGAAAGUGAUUUGUGCGGAACUUCUGUUAUUUGUAUUGAGUGCGUAUGCUGCUCCUGUUGAAGAAGAGGCAGCAGAUUUACAACAAGCAGACAUUCAACUCACAGCUGAAAAAAUGGAGCCUUUGACCAGAGAAGAAGUGAAAAAUCUGUGCCAGCUGGAAAAAUACAAAAAACUUCGAAGCUGCACUGCAGACCCACAGGAAAAACAAAAGCUUGCAGAAACAAAAGAAAAAUACAGGCCUAUGUUCAGUGAAGUGACAGAUUAUGAAUUAGACAUAUCUAGCACAAGUUUGUGGGGAACAUUUCGCCCUGUUACCGAACAACACCUUUCCAACAGUUCAGAUUUAAACUCUAACAGCAGAGCAAAGCGAUCAACCUGCCUGCCUAUUAAUCCUUGCAUAGCAGGAUACUCCGAUAAAACAUUUAUAUAUGGAAGUGAAUACAGCACAGGAAAAGUUUAUGAAAUUGUUCUUUAUCCAGAACAAUAUCUCUACCAGAGAUUUAUGGUUGGAGUGUGUGACAAUAAUUUCUCUGUAUUUUCAUUUACUUGCUGCACCGAAAAAGUAUACUAUAGGACUGUAGUAUAUUUAUAUCCUACUGGUUAUGAAACCGGCACAAAGUUCGUGGGAAUUCCUGGAAGUUGCGCUUUGGCAUAAUUGCCAUGGCCUACCUAAUGCACCUAUUUAAAUUAAAUGAAAUUUGGUCAUACAAAGAUCAUUUUUUUGCGGAUAAAAAUCCUGUACAUAUUUUUACACAUGGUAUUGUGCCAUGUUUUAUGUUAAUUCAGGUUGUAAAAUGUUCCGAAUAAUCCAUGCUUGUUUAUUGCGCUUCAGCUUUAGUAUUUGUCAUGACCUUACCAUUUCCAAAAUGGAACCAGUAAUAUUUGCAUAAUACAAUUUUGUGAAAGUGUC